AUGGCUGAAAGUCUUUCUUACCCCGAACAUCAUGUUGGGCGUAGCUUCCUCGAGGAUCUGCCUCAACCAAUUAAGAGGUAUCGAUAUCAAGGGAAGGAGCACUUCCUUCGCACUAGAUAUCUUGAGCUUGAUCGUUUCGAGUGUUCAAAACAUGACACAUCAGAGUACAUCCUAUUUGAUAUCGACGCUGAUACCCUCAAAAAGGAUUUCCUCGAUCCUGGCAUCGAGGAUAAUUCCUUUACUUUCGACUCUUUCGAUACAGAGGAAAAUCUCCUUUUGAUCAAGAUGGAAACCAGGGAGCAUGGGCAAGCGAUCCAGGAGUUUGGUUAUACAAUUAUGCGCCAGCUAGAUGAUAUGGGGCUUCGAACGACGGUGGAGAAGUUCACAACAACAAUCCAAGCCCCAGCUGGCACAGGCAAAAGACCCGACAAUGGAUGGGGCCCAACGAGGCAACGUGGUGAUGACCGCCAUAGGCCGACUGUUGAUCUUGAAGUUGGGGUGUCGGAAUCGCAGGCAAAACUUGAGCGCGACGCAACCUUUCUGUUGGAUCCACAGAGGGGCAACGCCAAUAUAGCCUUAACCAUCAAGUUAAAUCGAACAAGAGCCCAGAUGACCCUUGACAAGUACGAAUGGGACGCCCCCAACGGACGCAUCAACAGGCUCCAGCGGAUCCAAAUUGCCGAGGAUCCUAGCGGAGAGGAGGUGACCGUUAAUAACGCGCCGUUGAUCAUCCCAUUCGAACAACUGAUGGAACGACCCAGAUCUUCCCCCGCCGAGAAAGGCAUCACAGUCGGCGUGGAAGACCUGAAGGCAAUCGCGGACAGUAUAUGGCGUGUCCAACAUUCUCUUUCCAAUGGCCGCAUUCUCUGUCCCGGUUUAUGGGGUAGUUUUGUCUCUACGCUGGUAGUCGAGGAUGACCAUACCGCGCACGUCGGCUGGGACAAUGACGAACCGGUUCUUCGGGUUCAAGCGACAGGAGUAAUAGUGGAUUUGAAGAAUCGAAUGGUCCUCCCUGGGUUUGUUGAUGGCCAUGUGCACAUCCUCAAUUUCGGUAUGUCCCUGCAGAAACACGACCUUCUGUCUUGUAAGGACCUUGCAGAUAUCCGAAAUUCCAUCACUGCCUAUGCAGAAACCCACCCAUCGGAUCCACGCAUUCUGUGCCGAGGCUCGGUCCCGUCGGUUACGGAUGGCAACGCUCUUGCAACAGUCUUAGACGACCUAGAUCCGCGACCUAUCUACAUCGAGUCAUUGGACCUCCACUCAACGUGGUGCAACAACGCAGCCCUCAAGGAGCUAGAGGCUGACUGCUGA